ACUAAACUACACGGUUCAACACUGAAGUUGAGGAUCUAAGCACCUUUCUUUACGAAUAACAGUAGGUACUCCGCAGUUGGUUCUUUUUACGCAAUUGAUUGUGAUGGCUUCCAGUGUAUUUAGUCUAUUUUGUAAACCAGUCAUAGUUUUGUGAGAAUUGUUAAUUAAAUGUAUUCUUGCGUAACGAACUAAAGCAUUGCUUUUUAUCAUUCUUGCAGCUUUACGAAAAGCAGAAACAUGGAAUUCAAGUCUGUUUGCAUCGAAAAGAUCCCAAGCUGUGACCACAAGGAACUACAUUUGGAGGUAACCCAGCAUCCGCACAGCUUGCGCGAUGUUGCCAACAUCAUCGUUGCCCUGCAGAGAAUGAAACACAGCUACACUCCCCGCGGCACAGAGUUCAGUGACCAUGAGCUCCUCGACAUUAUGCUGGAAAACGUGUUUGAAGAGAGCGUCACGCCAGUGGCGGUGGAUACUUGGAGUAGCAAGCCCAACGUGUUCUACAACACCAAGGUUAUAGAACACAGCGUGUGUGACCAAGAUCAGAAGAGCUUGGUGCUCCACCAGAGUCCACUGGAGCUGCAUGCAGUGAUACUGCAGGCUGCCAGCAUGCAUCUCAAAGUAAACUUGCACCUGUCGACAUACAUGUCUCGCAACUUCACUGACAGCCAGAGACGACCUGUUGCUUUGAGUAUCGCAGGAAAGGACCUCUACCUGUCCUGCUCAAAGUCUGGUAGCAACCCCAUCUUGCAGCUGGAGGAGGUGAAAGACCACGCAAUGCUGAAGAACAUCGACGCAAAGGGGGAGGCGGCGCGUUUCCUCUUUCUCAAGAGCGAGCAGGGCUUGAACGCCACCAGCUUAGAGUCGCUCAAAUUCCGCGGCUGGUUCGUCAGCACGGCUGUGGAGGAUAAAAGACCCGUGGAGAUGUGUAAAGAAGAUGACUCCGCCCACUUCACCAACUUCUCCUUCACACAGCUGUGAUCUCCACAAGAUACAACCACACCACGCAUCCACAAGCACCCAACAAAUCUGGCUAAAAAUCCCCCAA